CCCAUAUAGGGGAGGAAGGAGGGAAGCGAACCAGGAAGUGCCGAAACCUAUUGCUGUUCCCCGUGAGGCUCAGGGAUCAUGUCAGCCAGGAACCCGGGCAUGGAGCUGGACCUUGGCUGGAUCUCAAAAGUGCAAGUGAAUCAACCUGCCAUUAUAAGGCAUGCAGAACAAAUUCAGAAACGGAGAACUGUGAAAAAGGAUUGGCAAGCUGCUUGGCUACUGAGAGCUGUCACUUGCAUAGACCUCACCACACUCUCAGGUGAUGACACGCCAUCAAACAUUCAUAGGCUGUGCUACAAAGCUGCACAUCCAAUCAGAGAGGAUCUGUUGAGAGUUAUGGAUAUGCAAGACAAAGGUAUUACUACUGCAGCUGUCUGUGUGUAUCCAGCUAGAGUAGCUGAUUCAGUUAAAGCACUUAAGGCUGCUGGAUGUAACAUACCAGUAGCUUCAGUGGCAACUGGAUUUCCAGCUGGACAGACUCCUCUGCAAACCAAAUUGGAUGAGAUUAGAAUAGCAGUGGAAGAUGGUGCAAGAGAGAUUGACAUUGUAAUCAGUAGAACACUGGUGCUGACUGGCCAAUGGGAAGGUCUUUAUGAGGAGAUCCGCCAGUUUCGUCAGGCCUGCGGAGAUGCUCAUAUGAAAACAAUCUUGGGAACAGGAGAGUUGGGAUCACUUACAAAUGUGUACAAAGCCAGCAUGGUCGCUAUGAUGGCAGGUUCUGACUUUAUUAAGACCUCGACAGGAAAAGAAGCUGUGAAUGCCACCCUGCCUGUAGGAAUAGUCAUGCUACGAGCCGUUAGAGAUUUCUACUGGAAAACUGGCAACAAGGUUGGAUUUAAACCUGCGGGAGGCAUUCGUACUGCGAAGGAUGCUCUUACCUGGCUAAUGCUGAUGAAGGAGGAACUAGGGGACGAGUGGCUAAAACCCAAACUCUUUCGUCUCGGUGCCAGUAGUUUGCUGGCAGACAUUGAGAGACAGAUUUACCAUCAUGUGACUGGCAGAUAUGCAGCCUACCACAACCUCGCAAUGGCUUAGACAUGAGAUUGACUCUAGAUUACUUCUGUAAGAGACCUGUAAAAAAAAUAAUAUCCUGAAGUCUUUCCUGAAAUGAUGUGCAUAUGAAAAGAUUAAAAGGCUAGAUUUA